AUGGCUCUCUAUGGUGUUUGUUUUGGUGCUGUUUAUAGAGUUGGUGACUCUAAUGGCUGGACUUCUAGAGGCCUUGUUGAUUACAAUGAGUGGGCUUCAACAAAAGACUUCCAUGUCAACGACACCCUCAUAUUUACUUACAACAAUCAAUUCCAUAAUGUGAUGCAAGUUACCAACCAAGAUUUCCAAUCUUGCAAUACAACCUCUGCUAUGGCAACCUACACCUCUGGCUCUGACACUGUCACCCUUAAUAGGUCCGGCCAUUUUUACUUUCUCUGUGGUACUCCUGGACAUUGCCAAGCCGGACAAAAUGUCGACAUCAACGUCACGCUGCCUAUAUCUGCAGAUGGAUCGUUUGCAAGCCCAAUCCUGGCACCUUAUGGAGCAUCGCCUUCUUCUGAAGUGGUGUUUCUAAGCAGUGCUUCUACUCUUCAUCUUUCGAAGCUUGAGUUCACCACUGUUGUGUUAUGUGUUUUGGGUUUUGUACUUUAG